AUGCCGCACGAUCCAGAUACUAUUUAUAAGGCUUUACGCCCGGUCCCAGAUUUUGAUGGGAACCCAAACGUUCUCACGCGUUUUAUUAAAAUUUGUGACCAGAUCGUGAUUACAUAUGUUAGUCCAAACGCCGGUAGCGAAUUAGCUAAUUUAUGCCUAAUAAAUGGAAUAUUAAAUAAAAUUACGGGGCCUGCCGCCAGUAUAAUAAAUGCGCAUGGCAUACCUGAUAAUUGGUUAAGUAUUCGUAAUGCACUCAUCAACAAUUUUGCAGACCAAAGGGACGAAACCACCCUUUACAAUGACCUCUCUUUGUCUACCCAAGUAAAUUCCGACGACGUCAUACAGGGACAACCACUUAAGAUUAUGAAAAUAAAUUACCCGGAUGGAAUGGACAACACAGCAUCACCUCAUCUUAACUUGAGUUCUAUCAACUUGAGAAGUUUACACACCAUUCAAGACAAGAUUAUGUUCAAGCCUCAGUUACAAUUGCAGACGAUUCCUGAUGUACUGUACCAUACCACUAUACCGUUUUACAUUAUACUAUUCGGUGCAGCUGUACUCGCCCUCGCCGUACUGGCUCGCCGCUACUACGUUUGGAAAAACACACAACCAAAACCAUCUGAAAAGACGAUCUGCAUUCGACGAGAUAAAGCCACUGAAACCACUGGAAAUCAUAUCUAUGCGAAACCAUCUUCUCCAGCAAUUUUUUCACUGAAAGUUGGAAAAUAA